CCUCUGCCAGCCGCAGGAUUUGAACCAGCAACCUUCCAGCCACAGGCGCAGAUCCUGAGCCACAGAGCCCCCAGACUGCUCCUCGCGAGGUUGGCAAGAGAGCGAGCGAGCGAGUGUCUUUAAAGACCAGGACGAGAGCAGAGCCUGCAGCGGACCAGGCGGCCGUGAGCUGUGCUGUAUAAAAAGGACCGGAAACUGGGUCCAUCUGUCUGUGCUGCUGUGCUCGGCUCAGUCCAGGCCAGCUCCUGCUCCGCUGCUGAGAACCACAGGCCUCUGUGAGCCGGGACGCCCGUCAGUGACCCCCCGGUCAGGGGCGACACUGAGGAGCCACCUGAGACCAGGGCUGGAACAGAGGGACAGAGGGGAGAGGCACCUGGGCAUCUGCAUGCAGCCCGUAGGCAGGGGCAGAGAGAUUUUACUGCCCUGCACCCAGUGCUGGGGUUCACAUGGGACUCGGCCAGGGGAGGGCGCUGUCUCGCUCCGGGCGGGGAGGGGAGGGGAUCUGAGCAGGACAGACGGGACUGAAGAGGACAGCGCAGAUUAGACAGCGUGAUUGCUUACUGUGGUUGCUACCAAGGAGUAAAGACUGCAGAUCUGUCGUCCUAACGUCCUGCACACACACCUAACACGUUCAAGACAUUAUCGCCCGGAAGUGACGGACAACUGCCGGUCUCCAUGGAAGAAAAUGAGGAUGGGACACAUGAGAGGAGACCCGUCAGCCCAUCUAGAGUUUUUGGCAGUAGCUGACUGAGAGAAGCGUGUUCCAAACGCACUCUGGGCGCUCCUCUUGGCUCCCGGAAGGACCGGCGUCCUGCUGCGAUACUGAGCUCCGUGAAGUUGCCCCCCUACAAACAGCACAGAUGAAACCCAGCUCAGUUUGUGCUGCUUUCGUUUCCGAGAUAUUUCCCUGAAGCGCUCGGAGCGCUGCGCCUUACGCGCACUACAGCGAGCUGACGGAUCCUGACUGCUGCUACAGUGAUGGAGGAGGGCAAAGCUUCGGGCUCUGUUCCUGCAGGCUGGGAGUUGAACCCCUCCAAGCUGCAGGCUAAGCUGUCCAUGUUCAACAUUGACAUGUGGAAGGCCGUGGCGGAGAUGGAGAAGGAGUUUGCCGAGAUCCGCGCCCAGCGGCCCAGAGGAUACUUUCCCGAGAUGAGGAGUGAGGUGAAGAGGUUGCAGACCUUUGACUCCUUACGGUCGUAUUCCUCCUGGUCGCCGGAGGAGAUGUCCCAGAGCGGCUUUUACCACACGGGUCUCAAGGACAGCGUGCAGUGCUUCUGCUGCGGGCUGGUGGUUUGCACACAGAGCCUGAAUGAAAGUCCCUCUGACAGCCACCGGAAGUUCAGCCCGGACUGCGACUUCCUCCGCGGUGGGGAAGCCGGCAACAUCCCGCAGUACGAGGUGAAGGUCCGGGGGAAAGGACCGGCUCCGCCGGGGGGCGCGGAGCAGUACGAGUCGGAAAGCGGCCGGCUGGAGACGUUCCAGAACUGGCCCUUCUAUGCCAGCGUGGCGCCACGAGACCUGGCCAGCGCCGGCUUCUUCUUCACAGGACAGACGGAUGUCGUGCAGUGUUUCUGCUGUGCCGGGCUCCUGGCACACUGGGAGACGGGAGACGAGCCGUGGAAGGAACACGCCAAGUGGUUUCCAGAUUGUGAAUUUGUACAUGAGAAGAAAUCGAGUCAAGAAAUCUCUGAAUACAUCAGGAGUUAUGAAGGAUUCUGUGGUAUCACGGCACAGCACUACAGCUCAGAAGGCUGGACAGACAUGGAGACAAUGCAGAGUCCUGAUGGACAAGAUUCAAACCUGGAUGAAAAUAACUGGCUGGCAGCAGCAAGACGUCUGUCAGUUUGGCUGAAGGAGACCUACAGCUCCUUAGACUUCAGGAGAAUUUUGUCCAUUCCUGAGACUGUGCCCACAGCACUGGACCUUCAGUCCACCUUUGCUUGGCUGCCACUGGUGUCCAAGAACACGAGGAACGAGCCCGUCCAGCACAUGUGCCUGCCGGCCCUGCUCAGACACCUGAGCCACAUCACUGCGAUCGAGGGAGAGGUGGGCAGCGGGAAGACGGCCUUGCUCAAGAAGAUUGCAUUGCUGUGGGCGUCUGGGGACUGCCCCGUGCUGCACCGGUUCAGGCUGGUGUUCUUCCUCUCUCUCAAGUCUGUGGACGGGCAGCAGGGUCUGGCUGACGUGAUCUCGGAGCAGCUGUGCGGCGCAGGCCGGCGUCUGGAUGAGGAAGCCGUGAGGAGCAUGGUCUACACCCUGAGAGAGCAGCUCUUAUUCCUGAUCGACGAUGACGGUGCCGCAGGAACACUCCCAGCGUGCCUCAAAGAGCUCAUCUUCAAAAAUCACUUGAGCAAGACGAGCAUCGUCAUGGGACUGCAGACCAACCGGACCGCGCGCGUGCGGCAGCUCGCCUCGGCCGUGCUGGAGAUCCGGCAGUUUCCUAUAUACAGCACCACCUUCCUUCUGAAACGCCUGUUCUCCCACAACCCCACACUGGUAGAGAAGGUCUUCCUCCAGCUGGGCCUGUCGGAAGAGCUGCGAGGCCUCUUCAAAACCCCGCUGUUUGCCGUGGCUCUGUGCUCGGCGCUGGUCCGGGACCCCGAGGCGCCCCUGGAGAGGAGCGCCGUCUUCAGAGCCUACCUGGACUGUGUCAUCCAGAGUCGCGGGCUCGGCCCCGAGGUGGUGACGGCCGCGGUGGCGUCGUGCGGGGAGCUGGCCUUGGCUGGGCUGUUCGAGGAGCAGUUCGAGUUCGCGGACACAGAGCUGGCGGCCGCCGGGGUGGACGGGCAGGCGGCGCUCAGUCUGGGCCUGCUGAGCAAGUUCACCGCGCAGGUGCUCCGCCCGGUCUACCGCUUCUUCCACCUCUCCUUCCAGGAGUUCCUGGCGGCCAAGCGGCUGAGCGCGCUCCUGGAGUCGGACUCGGAGGCGCUGAGGGACAGGGGGCGCUGCUACCUGCGGCAGGUGGACACGUGCUUCAGGGUCCUGCUGGACCAUCGCUUCUUUCUCCUCUACGCCUGCAGCUGCUCGGCGGCGGCGGCCGCGGCGAUCGUCGCCCACUUGUUCGACAUCGCGGGACAGGAGGGGUUCCUCCACUCCCGGUCGCAGAGCAGCAGGCUCCUGGAGCUCCACCCAGAGCUGCUCGUGAAUGAGCAGGCGCUCCGAGUGUGUGUGCAGCUGGACCUGGGCGUGGACAUCUGGCUGCACCAGUUUCUGGAGCUGGCGAUCCAGGCCGCCUUCCUCGGCCGCUCUGUCCCGGCCUGCGCCCCCCUCAUCCUCGCCUUCCUCUCGGGGAGAUGUCUGAGCUUCGAAAGCAGAGGUGGAAAAUCCUCUGUGCAUCACUUUGUUGAGUUAUAUCCCCAGGCGCUGUCGCUGCUGAACUGCAUAACGAUCUCAGCAGUUGGCAGUAGAAAGGGCCGGGAGCUGGACUUCUUGAAAACAGGGGAGGCUUUUAAAUUCCACGGCCAGCCUGUGGUUGAGGAAGAGUAUGCCUCAGCGUUCCAGUUGCUGAGCGAUGUUGAGAAGAAGACCUCUGCAGAGCAAGAGAACAUCCACCAGUUCAACAUGAAGACUCUUCGGCAUUUUAAUGAAGCCACAGUCAGUACCUUACUGCUGGCUGGGAAAAGUCAUGCCCUGCCGCUCCUAAAACUCAGUGUCUUGGACUUAGAGAGGCUGGAGGACCAAGAUCAGAGGAGUCUGGAGGCCAUCCUGUCGGUUUGUAACAAGGUUGACCUAGAUGUGACAAACUCAGAUGGUUUCCUUGAGAGUCUGCUGCCUGUAUUUCAACAAAGCAGGUCCGUCUUUAGAGGGAUCCGAUAUUCUGGGACUCGGCUGAGCGAGGUGGAGGAAGACCUGGUACUGUCGAUGUCUGCACUGGAGUCUCUGGAUCUGACUUUCAAGGUCACGCCAGAGUCUCUGUUGGCAAAUUUGGACAAGCUACCUUGUCUCACAGAACUGAAUAUUGCAAGUCAGACUUCAGGUGUUUUUGAGAAGAUAACGGAUGGAUUUGGAAGUCUUCAGUCUAUGGAAAAACUUACUCUUGGCCUUGCAGACCUGACAGAAGACAACAAAAUCGCCUGGUUUCUCCAGCACUUUCCCCGGCUGAAGGUGUUCGGGCUCAAGUCAGCCCACUGCCGGUGCUUCCCCGAGCUGGCCACAGCCAUCGCCUCUUGCCAGACACUUGAACAGAUCUCCUUCGAGGACUUCCCUGAGUUUAACUGCGGUGCCUCAGCUUUCGCGGCCGCUCUGCCCUGCUUCCAGCAGCUGAAGGGCCUGGACCUGCACAGCCAGCGCAUCGAGGGCCCGGCUGCAGCGCAGGAGUUUGCUCGCGCCCUGGGCUCUCUGGCGCACCUGGAGCGGCUGCAGCUCCCGGGGGGGACGGGCAUGAAGGCCGCGAUCUCCACGGUGCUGGCACAGCUGCCACGCCUGCCCCGGCUCGCCCACCUGUCCGCCCCCCUGCUCCUGGAGGACCGCAGCCUGCAGCAGCUGGCGAACUGCGCAAGCGAAGGACACCUCCAAGCCAUCGAGACGCUGGACCUCAAUGUCAACCACCACGUCACGGACGCGGGCUGGAGGGGCUUCUUCCUGGGGCUGGACCGCGUGCCCAGACUGAAGGCGCUCCACAUGUCCCGGCUCUACAGCAGCAGCCUGAAGCCCCACGCCUCCACGGUCAGGGCCUUCGUGCAGUGCGUGGCCAGGCUGCCCGCCCUGACGACCAUCGUCAUGUACGGCUGGCUGCUGGACGCCCAGGACUUCGCCAUGUUUGACCAGAUGAAGGCGCGGCACCCCCAGGCCAAGUGUCUGAACAUCAGCUGGCAGUGGGCGCUCCCUUUCGCACCACUCGUGCAGGCGGAGGCGGAGUAGGGCAGCCGGCCGGGGCAGUCGGGCUCCCAGGUCACAGUAACAACGAGGAGGGGCUCUGGGGAACCGGUUUUAUAGAAAAGAAGUUGUGGAGCGGAGAGCGGCCAUUCGUCUUGCAACAGAAUUCCCAUGAUGCACGGCGUGAGAAGACAAGAGAACAAUCUCGCUCGUCUUUCACCUUCAGGGCUUUGGACUGUGGGAGGAAACCGGGAGCACGCAGGGGGAACGUGCAAACUCCACACAUACAGCAUCCCAGGUCCGGAAUUGAACCCAGGGAUCCAGACUGCAAGGCCACCGUACCACUGUGCCGCCCGCUCAUCUUAUCGUACAGACAAAUGAGAUUUUUAUGUUGAAACUCUUUUUGAGUGUUAUACAAUAAAUUGUGAGCUCUGGGCACCUGCCCACUCUGUGAAUUUAAGUGAA